AUGCGUCCCACCACCCGAUCCUCCCAUCUCCUGACAAUCCUACUUCCUCUUUGCUUCGCAGCGGUCUCCGCGUCCGAGUAUCACAAGGUAUGCGAGUUGGUCCUUGGGCUUCGGGGUUUCUUGGCUGUUCUCGUAUCCCGUUUGCUCUCGAAGCCGCUUCAAGAGAUCGUAAGACUUCAUGCGGUAUCCGCAUUUGGAAUUAUCAAUUUGUGUGCACUUCUGCUCAGAUCUACGAAGUUGCCUGACCGUAGCUGCGAAAUUUUGGGUUAGUUGCUGCCAAAGUCGUUUCGAGUUUGGCCGCCGUGAAGUAGCCACUGUGAAUUAGUAGAUAAUCGUGGCUCACUAGGCAGAAGAACCUCUUUUCCCAUGAGUUGGAUUUCUCGCCGACAGGGUCUGCGCUGGUGGGCGUAGUCACUGACGACGAGUCUAGGUUCUCUAUUUGCCGUUGUAUCUUGUCGCUGUUUCCUCUGGCUUCUGUAAAAGGUUUUACUUCGCAUGCUGCAGUGACGACUUAUCGCCUUCCAAUUUUAAUAAUCUUUAAUUUUUCUGUCACUAGAUUUAGUUCUGGAAGAUGUUAAUUCAUGGACGCACACUUGGAUCUUCAUGUGCAUUAUAUUUUGCACAAACCUUUGAGAAAGUUUUUCUUGGAUGUUUGGGCAACUUAUUUCGAAGAUAUUAUGUGUGCUAUUUGAUUAUUUUUUUAUUUAUCUAUUAGCAGAUUCAAACUAAUCCUUCUUCGUGAAUAUUAUCAGCGUUAAUGCAUCUAUAUAUAUUCGCAAUUUUUUUCUCCUCAAUACUGUUUUUUUUUUUCUAUACCUCGCCUAGUAAGUGGAUGAUUUUCUUGAUUUGAGUUCAUUUAUUGCAGUACCAAUUAGGUGAUCCUGUGACACUGUGGGUGAACAAGGUUGGCCCAUACGAUAACCCGCAAGAAACGUAUAACUACUACAGCCUUCCUUUCUGCCGGCAAGCUGGAAUCGCUGCCCAGAGGUGGGGUGGGCUCGGGGAGGUUCUGGGUGGCAAUGAACUUAUCGACAGCCAGAUUGAAAUAAAAUUUCGUAGUAUGUCGACCUGAUUUUUAUGGCCCUAGUUUUUUUGACUCACAAACCUUUUCAGUGAGACCGUAGUUGCCUAAUAUAACAUUGGGAAUCCAAUUUCUGCUAAUAUUUAUAUGAUAUUUUUUUUCAGGAAAUAUUGAUAAGGGUUUUGUUUGUUCCCUUGAACUUGAUGAUACAAAGGUGAAGCAAUUCCAGGAUGCAAUCCAGAACUUAUAUUGGCUAGAAUUAUUUAUUGGUAUAGUUGAUGUCUAUGAUUCAGCUAUGUUGGCUCUUUGAGAAUCAGCACGGAACUCAGCUUCUAUUUCUCUAUCGUUUUUGCGUCCUUUUCUUCUUCACCUAUAACUGUUUUCUUUCUUUUGUUAUGGUGGCCUGCAUGGUUUCCCUGACCCAGAUGACUUGCCUUUAUGUGGUAUGAGAUGUCAUCCAUUUGCUUCUAGUUUGAUUUUGCUAUUUUUUUGUGGUCCGGGCCCUGUUUCGCCCCUUUCAUUUUCAUGUGGACCACACCACCUAAAAUCCGAAUUUUUUUGCUAGGGUUCGUUGGGGAGGCGCGAUUUCAUAAAAACAAUGAAGAUAAGUAUUAUCUAUUCACUCACAAGGACAUUGUUGUAAAAUACAAUGGCGAUCAGGUUCGGUGUUUGCAAUUUUUAGAAUUAACUUUGGACUGAUGUUUUCUUAUUUUUUGUGUGAUUUUGUGAUCAAUGUCUUAAUAUCCUUCUUUGAUUUCAGAUUAUUCAUGUGAAUCUCACUCAAGAUGGUGCAAAACCUUUGGAAGUCGGUAGAACACUAGACAUGACGUAUUCUGUCAAGUGGGUAAAGACGAACAUAACAUUUGCAAAGCGCUUUGAUGUUUACCUGGACUACCCUUUUUUUGAGCACCAGGUAAUGAUCUUAGUGGUUUAAAUGCCAAUGCUGUUGUGCGGUUUUUUCCAGGAACCCAUGUGUUUGCUUUGCACUUUUCUUGCUAUAACUUCUCAAUUAUAGGGGACAGACUGAUGACUCAGUAGUAUUAAGAGAAUGAUUCUAGUUCUGGAUUGCAGUGGUUGGAUUGGUUUGAUGCUAAGACCACAUAUGAUUCAUUUAUUUUUCAUAAUUUUGUUGUGUCGGUUCAUCUUAAAGUCUAUUUUAACUCUCGUUGUUUUAAAAAAUCCAUCCCAUGGGCAGAUCCACUGGUUCUCCAUUUUCAAUUCCUUUAUGAUGGUUCUCUUUCUCACUGGCUUGGUGUCAAUGAUAUUGAUGCGAACCCUGAGAAAUGACUAUGCAAAGUAUGCUCGUGAAGACGAUGAUCUUGAGACCAGCCUGGUGAUCAUCUCAACAUCUUCUCUUCUACUAAAAACCAAGAUGUAUCCUGCUACGCUCCUAGUUGAGUUACGCUUUUACCUGUUUUCCGCUCUUCAGGAGAGGGAUGUGAGUGAAGAGUCUGGAUGGAAGCUCAUACACGGGGAUGUCUUCCGGCCUCCACAGAAUUUGGCUCUUCUUUCCGCUGUCGUCGGCACAGGCGCUCAGCUUACCAUGCUCGUUCUCCUUGUCAUUCUGCUGGCCAUCAUCGGGAUGCUAUAUGUUGGGUAUGUCGAUCACCUGGUUUUCUACUCCUACCUGCAUUCAAUCCUUCCCCUUGUUCGUUCAAUCUUCCUAUUGUCUGUCCUGUUACUCAUAUUAGAUGUUGAAUGGUAGAUUCUCUCAUUCACAUUAGAUUACGCCCAUAGAAGAAAGAAUGUAAUACAAAUGUGGCAAGUAAUGCAUUUUUCACUCAGAUUAGAUGCAACUCACAGAAGACCACGAGAUAAGAUGUCAAGUGAUUUAUUCUUUUAUUCAUCUCAUUCAUGAUAUUAACACAUUUUUCCAAACACUUGAUGUUCUAAUUUUCAUCGGCGGAGGUUCUUGGUAGCUCUACUUGACCACAAAAUAUAUAUGAUGCACACCAAUCAUGCACUGAUGGGUCUCACGCCAUUUUGUGCGGCUCUCAGCCGAGGAGCGAUCAUCACGGCCUUCAUCGUCUGCUACGCCCUCACUUCAUUCAUCUCGGGGUACGUCAGCGGCGGGCUGCAUUCACGGAACGGCGGUAUGCACCUCGCUGCGCGCGGCUCUCCGUUCUCUGUCCUUGUUCUUGCACUCUACGAGCUUCUCUUCCUCCCCCCCCCCCCUUCAGGAACGAACUGGAUCAGGACGAUGGCCCUGACGGCCUCGCUCUUCCCUUUCACGUGCUUCGGCAUCGGAUUCGUCCUGAACACCAUCGCCAUCUUCUACGGGUCCCUCGCUGCCAUUCCCUUCGGAACGAUGGUGGUGGUGUUCGUCAUCUGGGCUUUCGUCUCCUUCCCGCUGGCGCUCCUCGGCACCGUCGUGGGCAGAAACUGGAGCGGCGCGCCGAGCAACCCCUGCCGCGUGAAGGCCAUCCCCCGGCCCAUCCCCCUGAAGAAAUGGUACCUCGCUCCCUCGGUGAUCUCCCUCAUGGGCGGCCUCCUCCCCUUCGGCAGCAUCUUCAUCGAGAUGUACUUCGUCUUCUACUCCUUCUGGAACUACAAGGUGCCCGCUUCAGAAACCAUAUGAAAUAAUAUGCAUGUGCAGUGGGCGUGGUGAGGGUGAUGCUAGUUAUGAUGUUUCAGGUGUAUUAUGUGUAUGGGUUCAUGCUGCUGGUCUUCCUCAUCCUCGUCAUCGUCACCAUCUGUGUGACAAUCGUGGGCACUUACUUCCUGCUGAACGCCGAGAACUACAACUGGCAGUGGACCUCCUUCUUCUCCGCCGCCUCCACGGCCAUCUACGUCUUCCUCUACUCCAUCUACUACUACCAAGUGAAGACCAAGAUGUCCGGCCUCUUCCAGAUCAGCUUCUACUUCGGCUACACCCUGAUGCUCUGCCUCGGCCUGGGAAUCCUCUGCGGUGAGUUACCAUUAAUGGGCGCCGUCCUCUCUCUCUCUCUCUCUCUCUAAAAUAGACCUGAUCGAAGAUACCUUCCAUGGCUCAGGUGCUGUGGGCUAUCUGGGUUCUUCCCUGUUCGUCAGGAGAAUCUACAGGAACAUCAAGUGUGACUAG